AAUCACGAAGCAAAGCUUGUUUUUGUAUAACUGGUGUAAUAGAAACAGUGCGUGAAUAACGAAGCAAACAGGGGUCGUUUUGCAAGAAUAAAGAGUUCUUACGUCUUCAGUCCUCGUCCACCGACGGUUCAAACCACGGACGUCUCCACUACUCCUUCACCAACACUUCUCUCCAGAACAGAGCGGCAGCACCAGCCUUUCCAGCAAGUGAAGAAUACAACCUCAGAGCGAUGGAAUCUUUGAGUCUGCAAAACAAAGUCGCCAUUAUUACAGGAAGCAGCUCUGGGAUUGGCGCCGCUGCGGCCAAGUUGAUGGCGAGGCGUGGGGCAAAGGUCACACUCCAUGGACGGAACCAGGCUAGGCUGGACGCGGUCAAGGAAGACGUGGAAAAGGCCGGCGUUGACUCCAGCAAUGUAAUCAGCGUUGCUGGUGACGUCACAGAUCCUAAAGUGAGGGAGCAACUCGUGUCCAAAACAUUGGACGCCUUUGGGCAGAUCGAUAUACUGGUGAACAACGCAGGCGAUGUACAGCUCAACGUGCCUUUGCUCCAACUGAGCCGUGAGUUUCUCUUCGCGAACAUUGACCUUCUUCUCCACGUUCCCAUUCACCUGGCACAGCUUUGUCACCCUCACUUGGCAAAAACAAAAGGUAACAUCGUGAACAUCUCCUCCGUUUCAAGUUUCACCAUUGUUGUCAUCAAUCAGUUUAGUCACAACUUGCAAGUGAAAAAUCUGUUUGAAUGA